GACAUUAGAGUGGAGGAUCUCGGGAGGACGGGACGCGUUACUGAGGUCCGACAGCAGCAGCAGCCAGUUGGGUUCCCAGCGGCCACCGCGGUUCUGGAGCUUCUGGAGGUUCCUGUGAUUUAUUUCUGAACCACUUUACGCUUCACAGUCUCCGGUUGCUCUCCGGGAUCUUUGGGGCUCUCUGUGCUCGGUUCUCCCGGUGAAUGAGCCUAACUUUGGAGACACCCUGCCGGAGCCUGGAGGGGGGGACAGAGGAGGUCUGACACCGAGCACUGAGCCCGAUAUCUGCCCGCUGGACUCUGAGGAAAAAGGGGGGAGGAAGGAGGAACAACCGAGCUCCCCAGCCGAACAGCAGCCAGUCUUCCCUUUCUGUCGGACGGAGGAGGAGAAGCGGAGGAUUACCGGGGAGGAUUUAACGGUGGAGGAGGUCUGACGAUAACACAAGUGCGAUGUCACCUUGACGCAACCUUCUGCUGCACGGUGCCCCUGAAUCCAAACGUCUCAUCUCGAAGGUGCACAAUGGGACUCCUAAACCUCUGAGGGGGCUGAGCACAAGACGCAGAGGGGAAGAGGAAGAAGAAUAAAGCCGAGGGAGGGGGAAGAAGAGGACAAAAGAGGAGGAGGAGGAGGUGGAAGAGAAGAAGGAGGGCGAAGAGUGGACGGAGAGGGAGGGAGAUUUGAAAGGAGGGAUUUGCUCUGUCUGUCGGGGGUGCAUGCUCCCGCCUAAGUCCCCCCCUCCCACUCGGACAUCCUCCUUUUUAGUUUUUUUUCUGCAUCAAGUGAAAGGACCGACAAAAGACGAAGAAUGCAAAGUUUGGGAAGCCUCGUGGCGAGCAGGGGCCUCGAUGUGAGACUACCCAGGACUAGAGCCUUGCUGCUGGGCUUGCUCCUCGCCGUAGCCUGCGCGGAGGUGGAGAUCGACAUGGUGUUGAUAGAGGAGGGUGGAGAAGGCGAGCUGGGUGGGCAGAGGAGCGAGCUGGAGGCCUCCAUGCACUCCUCGUUCCUUCAGGACUUCCAGGAAGGUAUCCGGGCCGUGGAGGCCGUUGGUGAGGCCGCGGCGACUCAGCAGAACGCGGCCUCGCCCACCGCCUUCCCGGACUCCUCGGCGGUGGUCGGUCGGAUCUUCCACAUGAAGGUGCCAAACAAGAUGGAGGAUGUUUACCUGGGGGACAUUGUCAAGAUCACAGAGAUGGGUAAGGAUUCCCUCCCUGCCUGGCUGCACUGGGAUGCCAGCAACAGAAUCCUACAGGGUCUACCUUUGGAGGAGGAUAAAGGUGUCCAUUAUAUUUCCGUAUCCAUCUCCAAUCACACAAAAGCCUCCUCUUCCUCAGAGGUGUUUUCCAUUGAGGUUCACCCUGAAGAUCAUCUGGAUGCGGAGUCAGCCCAGCUCGCAUCCAACCAAGCCUCCACGGAAGAUGACGUGCAGCCGUUCAUGUGUGGCAAUGAGGAGCCGGUCACGGUGCUGACGGUGAUCCUGGACGCAGAUUUGACCAAGAUGAGCUCAGGACAGAGGGUGGAGCUCCUGGACAACAUGAGGAGCUUCUCUGGGGUGGGGCUCCAGCACAUGAAGAUACUGCCGGUGGUCAAUAACAGGCUGUUCGACAUGUCUGCAUUCAUGGCUGGGCCGGGGAACGCAAAGAAGGUGGUGGAGAAUGGAGCUCUGUUGUCCUGGAAGCUCGGCUGCUCGCUGGAGCAGAGCACAGUCCCAAAUAUCAACAGUGUCCAGGGUCCUGCAAAGGAAGGCACAAUGUCAGCCAAGCUGGGCUACCCUGUGGUGGGAUGGCACAUUGCCAACAAGAAACCCCAUGUCCCUAAACGGGUGAGGCGGCAAUUAGGCAACACUCCAACACCCGUUCUGGCAGUGCUUCCUCCCACAACUGUAGUGGAGCCUCCAGUGCGGAUUAUCCCAACCCUCUCCUCUCCCUCUAUUGCUGCACCAACCGAAAGUUCUGCUCCACCAGUAAGAGGCCCCGUUCCCCUUCCGGGCAAGCCUACAAUCAGAGUCCGUGACCCCACUGCCCACACCCCAACCCCGGGACCUCCUCAGCCAACAAAGGUAAUGGAGACCACCAGCACCAUUUCUAUCCAGCCAACCAUGACCAGGCAUAUUUAUGUGGAGGCCACUGCCACACCAUCCACACCUACCAGAAUUACUACCAGGAAACCUAAGAGAGUCAAAACCACACCGGGGCCCAGAGAGCCAAAGACCUCCACAGCCAAGCCAUCCAGGCGCACCACACCGUCACCUGGUAUUAUCCCGGAUCCAUACAACGAGAAGCCUGUGUUGCGUAACCCCAUAGACCAGGUCAAUGCAUUGGUGGGCACCUAUUUCGAGGUUAAGAUCCCAUCCGAUACAUUCUUUGAUAAAGAGGAUGGCACAACAGACAAGCUGCGUCUAACUUUGAGACAGAACCACAAUGAAGUGGUUGGAGAGGGUUCCUGGAUCCAGUUCAACACUACCAGCCAACUUCUCUAUGGCCUUCCUGAUGUCCAACACAUUGGAAAACACGAAUACUUCAUGCAGGCAACUGACAAAGGUGGCCUGAAUGCAAUUGAUGCUUUUGAGGUCCGUGUUAACCGCUGGCCCAUGAAUGACAAGACCCCUGUGAUCUUUACGGCCCGAUUCGAUGGUGAGCCACGUUCAAUUACAAAUGAUAUCCACAAAAAGAUCCUCCUGGUAAAGAAACUGGCAUAUGUGCUGGGGGACCGCAACAGCAGUACAGUCAGUCUAAGGAAUAUCAGCAAAGGCUCCAUUGUGGUGGAGUGGACAAACACCAGCCUCCCGCAGCACCCGUGUCCAAAAGAACAGCUCGCAGCCAUGAGCAGGACGCUCGCCAGUGCGGACGGAAAACCCUCGCAGACCUUCAGGUACUCUAUGGAGCCUGAAUUCAGACCACUGGACGUCAUGGUCAAGGGAAGGGCAAGCUGCAGAACAUAUUCCUUCAUCCCACCAGGAGAGAUUGAUAUAGCAGAACCUCCAGCUGUCACUCCAGCUCUGGGAACAGGCCGGCAGAGCACCGAUGAUGUCUAUCUCCACACAGUAAUUCCCGCCGUGGUGGUGGCAGCCAUCUUGUUGAUAGCGGGUAUCAUUGCAAUGAUCUGCUACAGGAAGAAACGAAAGGGCAAGCUGACCAUCGAGGACCAGGCCACAUUCAUCAAAAAAGGUGUGCCGAUUAUCUUUGCCGAUGAACUUGAUGACUCUAAGCCGCCUCCAUCCUCCAGUAUGCCCUUGAUUCUGCAGGAAGAGAAGCCCCCACUUCCACCCCCGGAGUACCCCAACAUGGCCACGCCAGAGACCACUCCCCUCAACCAGGAGCUGCUGGGGGAGUACACAGCUCUGCGGGACGAGGACCCCAACGCGCCUCCCUACCAGCCGCCACCUCCCUUCACCACUCCCAUGGAGGGCAAGGGUUCCCGUCCCAAGAACAUGACUCCCUACAGAUCUCCACCUCCUUACGUGCCGCCCUAAGACUUGUUUAACCCUCCCCUCGUAGGGUGGAGGGAGAGGAUGCCUGAGGAACUGUGACGGUUUCCAUUCUGGUGUUUGUCUGUCUGGACAUUUACAGGGAGAGAUGACAAGAGGUGCUAAAGUACAAAACAGCUACAGGGGACUUUGGUUUGGGAGGGGGAGUAAUGAGUCGGGUGGGGUUUUUACAGUCGACAGAUGGGAUGAUUGGUUGAAACAGCUGGGAGGGACUACUGUUUUAGUGGUAGCCCAGCUACUAAAGUGGCCUAAGACAAACAAAUUCUCGUCACAUUGGCUCUCGGAUCGACCAGUUGGUCAGAAGCGACGAUUGGGAGACGCGUUCUCCCUUCCCAGCAUUUCAUUUUUUCCCCUCUGUUGAGUUAAAAUACUGGCUUUUAUUUUCUUUUUUCAUCAUUACCCCGAGGUUAUUAUUCUUUUUAUUUUUCCUGGACUGAAUCAUUUUGCCUAACAACUCUUCUUUUGUCUUGCUUUUAAAUAAUACGAGAAGACAGUGAACUGCCAUCAACUCGUGUUUUUAAUAAGGAGAGCGAGAUUCUCUGAAUAUGAAAAAAACCUAUCUUCGAUCGCCCCUGCAGACGACACAAGAGGACGGGAGGCCGAAGCGUGUGUGUGUGAAUGAGUGUUUAUUCAGAUUCAAUACGGUUUGCCUUUUAACACUAGUUGUCUGUUUCUAUCCUUAUUCACAAUGUCUAGUAAAGAUGAGAAUAACAAGGUAGCCUAAAAAAAAGAUUUAGAGAUGAAAUAAUAAAUAAUUUGUUUGUUUCAUUGGUUUUAAAAUUCACUGUAUAUCUGGAAGAUGUUCUGAUAGAUUGUGUUAUAUUUUUUUGGUGGUGGAAGAAAGCGGGAAGACUGCCUCGCUAAAAUAACUCGCAGGAGCUCUUUAUUCCUGUUUUAUUCUGGUAUCACUUACAGUCCAUUAGAUACAAUAAAUCCACCUUCCUCUCAGUUGCCGUCAUCCCCUCUGCAGACAACAGGCUCAGUAAGGUGGAACUGGAUGAGGUUAAAGUGAGAAAACAUGAACUACUGUUUUUAUUAUAAAAGACAUUAUGUGAGUUUAGUGUGGAUUUGGAUGCAAAGUAUAUACUUUUAUGCAGAUUUCAGUCCGCGCAAUUUUGCGACUUCAGGUUAACAAAACUACAGUAAUGGUAAAAACACUUUUCUACACACAUCCCAACAUGUACGCCAACAGGAAAAAGGACCCCUCCGGUUUAUUUUGGAGCAGGAAUAAUUAUUUUUUUAUGUAAUGAGGCAGUUCUGCUCUGAGGAGAAACUGUGUGUGUGUGCCAUGGAGACUCUCCCAGCUGGGAUUGUACAGAUAAUUCACAUUUUAGAGGUCACAGAGGUUUCGGAAAGGAAGAAAGAACCUUGAAUUUCCAGUAAUUAGCUCACUGACAAAUUCUCAAUGAAAAAUCUCCUUCUAAUUUUUUUACAAAGUUUUUGAUACAGCCUCAAAUUGUUUGAUUAUUAAAAGAAAACACGAUUAAUGAUUAGCCUUCUGUGAUUUGUAAAAUCUUAGCCUAGAUUAUGAUUCAAUUAUGUACACUUUCUGUUUUGUUUGUCAUGGGUCACAUAUUUCAAGUGUUUUAUUUUAUCGUGUGUGUUUGCAUAUCGAAAUGUAUCUCCCACUAUACAAAGACGGAAUGACCGAUAUUUUAAUGUAAUCACAAAUUUUAUUUUUACGUCCUUAUGUUUGCUAAUGAGUUUCAACUGAAAGUGACCCUUUGCAAUAAUAAUGUAAGGCACAGUCCGCUCAGCGGCUGGUCCAUGCAGGCUCAAGCGAGUGACUCAUAAUAUUGUUGGUUUUUUUUGCAGGAUGCCAAGGCUUUUUUUUUUUUUUUUUUUGCUUUUCAAGUGUGCAUUGUCAUAAUAAAACCAACUGGUACGAUAAAAAAAAAGAACAAUUCCUCAUUCAUGUAUCUGAUUUUCUUCCUGUUUCUUUUGGGAGUUUUUUCCGCCUGUCAUAUUCCCCGCUCCGAACCUGACUGAUGUUUAUGGAUGAGGUUUUUGAUCACUGUCACUUUUUCUACUGCUCCCACUUAGCCUUGAAUUGAUAAAUCAAUGUGUCUGAAGUCCACAAGAGGUUUUACCUCCACAGACGGCGGCUUGCUGCCUGGCAACCCGUCUACAGUCUCUGGACUCACUGGAACGGUCGCACUGCUGUCCUUUUUGUACUAAAUUAUUCUGCUAUUGAAUGACUAGUUGGACAAUUCAGUUUGAAAGCUCUGCCCAUUAAAAAGGCUCCGCUGUGAAAA